GCUGUGGGGGCGGGGCUGGUAGGCGCGGUCCAGGGAGCUGCUGCGGCUGGCCGGAUGGGUUCUCGUCUCUGUCUCCGCUGAGGCGCGCUCCCGUGGGCGCCCGGCCGGCUAGCAGUGCCGCGCCAAGCAUGAAGGGCGGCCCGGCCGGCGCCACCAUGCAGGAGACCUUCGGCUGCGUCGUUGCCAACCGCUUUCACCAGCUGCUGGACGACGAGUCGGACCCAUUUGACGUCCUGCGCGAGGCCGAGCGCCGGCGCCAGCUGCAGCUGCCGCGCAAAAAGCGCGACGAGGCUGGAGCCACGGCCCCGGGGCCCAAGCCCGGCGUAGGCGGCCGCAAGGGGUCCCGCAAAGAGCGCAAGGGUCCCGCGAGCCCCGGGGGUGCCUUGCCACCGCCACCGCCACAGCAGGCAGGCCUGGGGCGUACUUCCAGAAGAGAGGAGGUUCAAGGAUGGAACGACAGCAGGGGGACAGAGGUGACACCAGACAAAGCUGAGCGGCGAUCCUACAGGGAAUAUCGACCCUAUGAGACCGAGCGGCAGGCGGACUUUACAGCCGAGAAGUACACAGAUGAAAAGCCAGUUGAUAGAUUUGAUCGAGACCGAGCGCCCAGAGGCCGUGGAGGCUCAAGAGGGGGCCUGCGAGGCCGAGGCCGAGGUGGGCCUGGAAACAGAGCUUUUGACACUUUUGACCCGAGAGGGAAGCGAGAGUUUGAAAGAUAUAGUGGUAAUGAUAAAAUAGCAUUCAGACCUGAAGACAGCACAGGUGGGUGUGGAGUUCGUACCUGGGGGUCAGGAAAAGACGCUAGCGACUGGGAGCUGACUGGCCUGAUGGACGAGACCCCAGCGAUGGAGGAGGCCCAGGGUGCCCUGGAGGAGGAUUCUGCCACCAAAGUUCCUGAGUUGGAGGUGGAAGAGGAAACUGAAGUACAUGAGAUGACCUUGGAUGAAUGGAAAAAUCUUCAAGAACAAACCAGACCAAAACCAGAGUUUAAUAUCCGGAAACCAGAAUCUACUGUUCCUUCCAAAGCAGUGGUGAUUCACAAGUCAAAAUAUAGAGAUGAUAUAGUGAAGGAUGACUGUGAGGAGGAUGCUCAUGUUUUCCGGAAAGCUACCAAUGACAUCACAUCCCAGCUGGAGAUUAACUUUGGCAACCUCCCUCGUCCUGGACGCGGAGGCAGAGGUGGUACCCGGGGAGGCCGGGGAAGGAUCCGGAGGGUGGAGAACUAUGCACCCAGAGCAGAAGUGACACAAGACAUUGCCCCCAACCCGGAUGACCCCGAAGACUUCCCCGCUCUGGCGUGAAUGGCGCUGUGCCAGCGACCCCCACCUACGAGAGAGACCCUGAGAACAAUAGAUGUUGCUUCCCAGUGUCAAGUGAACUUGCUGCACUUUCUGUCUGAGGGUAUGGGAUGCACAAGCUUCUCACCCUCCACUCCCCACUAGGGGUUUCUGUCAGGCACUUUCCAAGCAGGUGAAGAAUGGUGACCAUUUUUUUAAUUUAAGGAAUUAAUUCCAAAUGAAGUUCAGGAAUGUUAAAAGUGUACAUAGAGAUUGUAUCAAACCCUCCACCAAAGCAUGGAGAGUAGAGUAAGCUGUAAAAUAUAAUCUAUUGAGACCACUUAGUAAGUUGUAUAGUUCCCAGAAGCUGUAUAGAUCCCCCUCUUGUACCACAGGAAAUAACACAGAAUUGUAACUAUUAAUUUAGAGCAGUCACAGCUUAGUGUCAGAGCGUUUACUUGUAAAUGUCACACCCUCCUGAAAUUUCCUGAGUUCUCAUUUUCAAAUAACCGCUAAUUCCAAGCAGCUGUUGUACAGCCAGUGGUCACCACUCUGUGACAAAGAACUAGGAAAAGUAUUGAUUUUUUUAAUGGUGAUAUAAACUACCUCGUGGUGUGUGUGUGUGUGUGUGUGUGUGUGUGUAUACACACUCAGUAUAUACAGUACAUAUAUUUACAUAAGUAGCAUUUGGGUGGUUUUUAGGAGAAGUAUGAAGCAUAUGAUUUUUAAAUCAUGAUAUUUAACCCAUCAAAUGGAAGGUUUCCAGGCCAAGGUUAGCCGCAUACCCUUUUCCUCAGAACUGGCAUGCGCCUCAGUCUUUGGCCAGGGCCUGGCCUGGCGAAGGACCUGCUCCUCUGCUGCACCAGGCUCCUCACUGCAACCCCAGGCUAGGUGGCACCGCUGGAGCUCAGGGCUCCGCUGUCUUGCCCAGAGCCCAUGGGGGCUGGGCAGAGCCAGGCAGAAGUAGCAGUGACUCGGCAGGGGCCAUGACGGGUGGCUCAUGGUCUGGCGCUGAAGCUUUGUGCUGGGCUCUGCUUCUCAUGUUCUGCUGCGGUCUCAGAUGGCUCCGAACUGGCGCCCACAUGCAAAUAAAGGCUGGAAUCCCCUCCAAACUGUGCACAGCAAACUCAGUCCCUGCAGCCACACAGAACCACAGUGGAACACUGAGCCCCUAAAGGUGUGAUAGUCCAGGGUGCUGGGUGGCAGUGGCUUUGGGUGUCGUUAUUAAAUGACUGAG